AACGCUUCCCGAGAGCAAGCGAGCAAGAGGCCAUCUCGGGGGAGCCCGGCGUGGGAUGAACCAGAUCAAACAGAUCCAUGCUUUCACCCUCCGCAAUGGCCUCGACGACAUCCAAGCCCUCGUCCUGAAGCUGCUCCAAGUUCCCAACCUCCCCUACGCCCACGCCCUCCUCCUCUCCCAUCCCCACCCCCCGCCCACCUUCCUCUACAACAAGCUCUUCCAGGCCUACGCCCGCGGCGCCGGGAGCGCGUUUGAGCCCUGCGCUGCCCUCUUCGCCCGCAUGCGUCGGCCCCCCAACCCCCACUCCUUCGUCUUCCUCUUCUCCGCCUGCACCGCCUUCGCUCGCCCCGCCCACGGCCGCGCCCUCCACGCCCGAUUUCUCCUCUCCGGUCUCCCUUUCGACGCCUUCGUCGCCACCUCCCUCCUCGACUUCUAUGCCAAGUCCGGCCUCCUCGACUCCGCCCGCCGCCUGUUCGAUGAGUUGCCCUUCCGGGACGUCGCAAUGUGGAACUCCUUGAUCGGCGGGUACACCAGGUGGGGCGAGCUGGACCAGGCCAGGGAGUUGUUCGAGAUGAUGCCCUUUAGAAACGUAAUCUCUUGGACGACCAUGGUCUCCGGGUAUGCCCAGAAUGGGCGCUAUGAGGAGGCCGUCCGUGCGUUCUCGAGGAUGUGGGAGGAAGCCGAGGUGAAGCCUAACGAGGUCACGCUCGCGAGCGUGCUGCCGGCAUGCGCCCACCUUGGGGCGAUAGGGCUGGGAGAGAAAAUAGAGAACUAUGCACGUGAGAAGGGAUUGAUAGGGAAUGUGUUCGUGUGCAAUGCUUUACUGGAGAUGUAUGGAAAGUGCGGGAACAUUCAUCGUGCAAGGAAGGUAUUCGAUGAAAUGGGUGUUAGAAGAAAUUUGUGCUCUUGGAAUUCGAUGAUAGUGGCAUUGGCAGUGCAUGGGAUGUGGUGUCAAGGCCUUGAGCUUUUCCAUGAAAUGAGGGAAAAAGGAAUCUUGCCCAAUGAUAUUACACUUGUAGGUGUUCUCUUGGCUUGCACUCAUGGAGGACUGGUGGAUGAGGGGCAGUAUAUCUUCAAUUCCAUGGAAAAGGACUUUUUCAUCACCCCUAAACUGGAACAUUAUGGUUGCAUGGUUGAUCUAUUAGGGCGUGCUGGACUAACAAAAGAAGCCUACAGUCUGAUAACAAGUAUGCCAAUGGAGCCAGAUUCAGUGAUAUGGGGUGCUCUGCUUGGUGCUUGCAGUUUUCAUGGUGACGUCCAAUUGGCAGAAGUUGCUGCCGAGUUCCUAUUUAAACUUGAGCCAUGGAACCCAGGAAACCUUGUGAUUCUUUCCAAUAUAUAUGCUUCAUCAGGGAGAUGGAAUUCUGUUGCUAAAAUUUGGAAAAUGAUGAAAGGAAAACUACACAGAAAGUCAGCUGGAUAUAGCAUAAUUGAGUUAGAUGGCUAUAUGCAUAAGUUCCUCGUGGAGGAUAAAUCGCAUUCACAAUUUGAAGAGAUAUAUGCCCUUCUGGAUGAGAUUACAAUGAGAAUGAGACUCCUUAGUUACAAACCUAAUCUGAAUCUCCAGAUCGAAUGCUAAGGGGAUUUGGAUAUUCAUAAGGUUGUGUUCCAUUCAAGGACAUAAAUGAACAGAAUCCUCCAAAACCGUAAAUGUGUUCCAUUAUCAAAUUUUAGAGCACAAGAAGCUGAAUAGAAGGCUAUGGUCAUGGAGGUCUUGUUGUUUAGUGUUUGACUUAAUGGGUUGAAGAAAAUAAUAGAAGCACCCCAAAUGACUGCAAAGCAACUAUUGAUAAGCAUUUUCAAUCAUUUUAUUGAACCUCCUGAAUAUAAAAAGCAACAACGGUGUUCUGAAUCUCAGAUCAACGGUUGAAACUUUUGACAACUCUGCGGGAUCUCGAGUUAUCAACUUUUUAUAGAAGGCAUGACAGGAUCAUCCAGUUGGAUAUAAACUCAUGUUUGCUCAAGAAAUUGAUUUGGUACCAGUCUUAAUCAAAGAGGGGAUGGAAACCUUUUGACGUGUAGCUAUAUGAUAUUAGCAUUUAUCCAAGAAAAGAAAAAUUAUUCUACUAAUGGAGUAGUAUAGAGGUUGAAAUCAGGAAAAAGUUGUCAUGAAUAGUACACGAGACUCUCUAUUAAGAUAUAGAUGAAAAAGUCAGUGAGUUCGACCAAAGCUAAUUAGACUGGCCAACUUCAACAUAUUUAACAAGAGCAGGAAGCCAACUGCUACCAGAGAAACCAAUCAUCCAAGGGGGAGGAACAGAAGAGAGCCGUGGAAGAAGGUUAGGCAUAAAAGAUCCAACGAUAGCACUGAAACAGAGAAGACAUCACUACUAUAGUGUUCACCAUCUGCUGUUAUUGUUAUGACCUCCUUGUCACCAUCACAGUCACAUUCAUCAACUGCCAUUGCUGUCAUAACUUUGCUAUCACAUUAGCAGAGGAGAGGUUAAGGGGAAAGGUAUGAAGUAACAGCUCCUUCUUGAGGAAAUAUGAUAGCAACAACAUAUAAGAAUUAAACUAAAAUGAGGAGAGGAACUGACUCCUUACAUUUGCAGGCAAUAGUGACAACAUGACAGGGAAGGUAUAUGCCAUGAUAUCCAGAAUUAAUUCUGAAUCUUGUGGUUAUUUUACUUGUUUUUUGCAUUAUCCAACUCCAGCUGCAUGAUAAUUAGAGAUGCAUCUUUUCCACAUUUUAUAACUAAUAGGAUGUUGGAUGAUAUUUUGCUUGAAUUGAAUAUGCACUAAAAUGCUACUUGCAUAUUACAAAAGGCUAAAGAAAAUGAUACAUAUCACCACUGACAAAAGUCUUAGAGAAAUAGUUUCAGGUCCUCGUAUGAGCUAUGCAAACCUCAUCUUUAUCUAUACCUUUAUGCCAACCAAUAACAAACUAUCGUUGUAUAGGCAUAUAAAAUACUAUGUUUAAUAUGAUGUAGGAUAAGAACUGUCAAGAGGCUUUGUCGAAAAUUUGAGAUAUCAGUCGGCUUCAAUCAGCAUUAGAAAAACUCUAUGGAUGCUGAAAUUCAUGGUUGUGAGUUUUUUUAAUUGUUUGAUAUUUUGUUUUAGAGACUUAUAAGUGGUUAGAAAAUGAUUUUGGAUUAUGGUGGUAGCUUUGAAUACUGUUUUGAAAACCAACAUACAAAGAUGAGAGGGUAGAUAGAUGAUCACAACAAAGAAAGAGAGAGGAGAAAAAUACUUGAACUAACCCAAGUUUGUAGGAAUCACAUAUAGGAUUUGGCUUCAUGCCAAUCAUGCCUCACAGGCUCUUGGGAGAGCACUUCUUGAUUUUGUUGCACCAUUUUACCUUGUGACUCAUCUGUAGUAAGUUUUGGUUCGGGUCAAUUUAUCUAAUGUGCUCGUCUCCAAUUUGUAGUUCAAUACUUUUAGAUACUGAAACCCUUGUUGUGUUGCUUUUCGUGAUGUCCUCUUCUACAAUUACAGCCCUGACAUUUACAUAGAAACAUUUGCACUUGUUUUCAAUUCUUUCUGGUCUCUUGACUUCAUUUGCUUUUAGCUUUAUCUUGACUUCAUAUUUCCUCAGUAGACAUCAAAUCAAAAAUCUUCUACAUGAUGGCUCCUUGAACUCUUCCCAAUCUACGGUUGAUGAUUCUGCCUGAUAUAAUAUUUGUCUAUGCGCAUCUAUUAACCAUUAUUCUGCUCUCUCUGAGCCCCCAAGCUCGCAUGUACAUCCUAGAGUAAUCAAAAGUCCAAAAUAAUCUUCUAGAUAGCUUCUCCACAAUUAAUUCAAGUAUGUCAUGGUCAUUUGUGUAAGAACUUUUACAGAAAUAGUACUCAUCAAUGUUUAAAUUGUGAUAUGGUCUUGUAAUUGCCAUGUUCAUCAACAUUAACAUUUUCCCUAGAGUUUAUUUGAUUAAAAAGAAUAGGAAUAAUAGUGAGUAAUGGUGCCAUUGGUCCAAUUAAUAUUUUGAUUAAUAUUAUUCGUGUACAAUUAAUGUUUUUUUAACAUUGUAGGUCCCUCUAUUGUUAGUUCUGCGUACAUGCGAUCAAGAUACAAUUUAUCACUGAUGACUAGGAAAUUGUUAAAAUAAAAGUUAUUAAUCUGGCUACUUCUGCCAUGUUAAUUUGCAGCCCCCAAUAAAACAAAACUGAUCCUGCUCAUGCAUACAAAAUCUGAACUUGGAUUUCAUGUCGGGUUGAUGAUGAUGUGGCAUCAUCGUGGUGCUUAUGUGUUAUACAUGUUGACCACUUGACAUCACAUGGCACAUCAAAAUAUUAAAAUGAAACUUGGUGGGCUACUAUAUCCCAUGUGGAUUGCCAUGAUAGCACCAAGAAUAUCAAGAAAUUCAAGUGUACACUUGUGUCUGCAUGUAACAUUUCUGAAGGAGAAAGUGGCCAAAUAAUCAUAAAGAUGGAGGGACCAAAUAUAAAAGUCAAAGAUAAGAUUGAACAAAAAUUUGAUACAGGCUCUAAAUUGACUAUUGAUAUAUAAAAAGGGGAUUGAUAAUGUCAUUAGUCCAAAACAUUACCUUCAUUAAGGUAAUUCUGGAACAUCGUUAGAACUUAGAACAUCAUCUUGGUUCAUGGUUUAUUUAAUUUUGAUUUUUUUUGGAUAGUUGUAAUGGUGAAAGCAAGGAAGUUAAUGUGGCAGUAAAUGUCGAAACAGGAGCGUAAAUUACCUAAUUUCUAUAUGGUGACCUUGCUCUAUAAAUUAUUGUUUUACAAGUUUGUUUCCAAGAUAAUGUUGAAGGCUCUGACAAAUGAAAAUGACAAAUAGAAUUUCUGUAUUUGUGUUAAAAACAAUAUAAAUUUGCUCAUCGGCCACUUGUUUACUCGAGAAUUGGAAGUGCUCAAGCAAUAUAGGAAAACAGGCUUUUGAUGUAUUUACUUUCUUUGUAAUUUUCAUUUUAGAUAUCGUAAUUGGCUAAAAUAGUGUGAAGUUUUUUUACCUGUAUGAUUUUUUUACCUCACGUGUCAAUUAUCAUGAAUGUACUUGCAAAGGGUUAUCAAUUUAUUGGAACUUCACUAUUUUAGAUGGUAUAUCUAGAUAAAGAUACACGCUAGAUGUGGAAGCCAUGAUCAUGUGUUGCAUGGGUUUUUAAAGCCAUGACCAAACUUUCAAAGAUUUCCAAAAUCUGGCACAGGAUUCCCAUCAAAUCCUUGUUAAGAGAAGUCAUGCCCUCAUGCUCUUAAGCAGUCAGUGCUUUGCUUCUCUCUCCAAUACAUGAAGGUUGUAAAUUAUCCUUUGUCUUCAAUAUUUAUUCAAACUAAUUACCUUAUUUUGCCAAUUUUAUGAGCACCUUUUCUUAAGUUCCAUUAUGAGCAGUCAUUUUUCAGUGUGGAGUUUUAUUCGAUAGUAUUGCAAUUAACUUCGAUAGUAUGAAGGUGUGUUGUUGUUUUAGGGGAAAAAAUGUAUUUUGUUUUUUUAUGUUUCUAAAUUUGUUGAACUGUUGUUACUGAAAUUAGGGAUAUUUUAGCUGAUGACGAUAGAAUCCACUUUUUAGAUGGUCUUACCCAUAAGUGCCAUGAGUUUUAAGCAAUCGGAGACUCCUCUUUAGAGAAGUACACGAGCAUUUGCACAUCAUCUAUCAGACACGACUUCUCCGAUAAUAUAACCUUUGCUCGUCAUGGUUACUAGUCUGUUAAUAAUUCUUUUACUUUGGAUUUUACCAUCUAAAAUGGAAGUUUCUCUCUUGCAGUCAAAGAAUUGUUGCAGUCUCAGUGCAGAUCGCCUCUAGCUUCCACAAGUUGGUACCAGUCACAAGAAUGAUGGUGAAUCAUGAAAUCGGAGUCCUUCCAUGCUCGAUCUAAUGCGAUGCGGACUUCUGGGGUUAAUCGACCUCGCUUUCAUUUGUGGAUGUCGAUAAGUUUUGCGGCGGCAUGCUUCCAAAGUACCUUGGCACAAAAGACGGCAAAAGAGAGGCUCCGGAUGACCAAAGAAGCAGUGAGGGGAAUCAUUCGACAUGGUUGUUUUGGACCGACUGACAUAUGUGGAUUAUGGAUGGAUGGUCCCGAGGUGAUCCUUUAUACGAAUAUUUAUUUUGCCCUUGGUAUGUAAUAGAACAUAAAUCAAAAUUAUUGUGUUACCAGAAUAUUGAAACUUCA